GCUGCUGGUGUUUCCUGAUCGACGUAGCGACUAUGUUGGUCUAGAAUUGCGUUCUUUCGCAGAACGUGCUGGAAGUAAUCGCUUCGAAAUUAGUACGCUGUUAUAAUUACAGAAAUACGCUAAAAUAGUGUAGUGGUCGCGUCUGCUCUGCUAUCCUUAAAUUUUAUUCAGGCUUAUUUACUUCCAGGCCUACCUUUUGCGCUGUAAUCCGUGUAGUUUGUAAUGUGAUCGGCUCGAGAUGUGUGAUCUGGCGGUUCUGACUGUGCGGCUGGUUCGCUCUUUUGAGCAUCGCAACUUUAAACCGGUGGUUUACAAAGACGUUAAUUUAGAUCAGACGGCGGAGGAGUUUAUUACGUUUGUUAAACAAGAUGUUUCAACAAGAGCUGGAUUGCCUCCACCUUUUAAGAAGUUUGACUAUGACACAAUGAAGAUCAUACACCAGGCACACGGAGCAAAGACAAACGAGCUGGUAAUGAGUUUAGAGGAUGAUGAAAAGUUGAUUCUUCAUGAUGGCUGCAGCUUAAGAGCAUGUGGUGUUGCCAAUGAGACAGAACUUGCCUUCUUCAAAAUGGCAGACUAUGAGAAGUUCAAGGCCAAUCCACAGACAGAAUGGUGAUGACAAUCAGGAUGCAACACAAGAGGUCUUGGAGACUAUAUUUAUCAGAGGCACUUCUUUUCAGCUGUGAGAAGCAAGUGAUCUCUUUAAGUUGGAUCAAAACAUCUAUUUUAAUUUCACUUAUAGCUAUACUGUUUAUAUUUAUUCUUACCAUUCAAAUACCUUCAGUGUAGUUUCUGAUGUACACGUUUGACAAACUAGGGAGAUGUUGUUAAGGAA